ACUUUUUUCAUCGGGAUCGGGAUUUGAAAACUCCUUCCUGUGUAAACAUUGAAAUUGAAGUGAAUUGAGCUGUGAGCACAUUUUUCAGUUGUUGCGAUUAAAACCUUUACAAGUGAUUCUGUUUAAAUUACGUUUCAGUUUCGUGGAAGUUGUUUUGGGCUACAAAAUUUGAUAAAGAUGUCAGAACUCCAACAGGUAAACAAGCAGCUGGAUGCAAAAUUGAUUUCGUUUUUCGACAUUUUGACUUUGCUUUACAAAGAACAGGAGAAGCUUGAGGAACAAAUCAAGGAUGGAUUCUUUAACAUGUCAAGGGCUCGGUACAGUAUGGGAGUAAAAUUUGUCGGAAUAGAUCAGAUACAUGAGGACAAAAUGAUGGCAUUGACGAAAGUGGAAGUUGGAGAGGUUGGCAAGGAGGAUAUGUUCACAGCUUUCAGUAAUGUUGGCACUGAAGUGGAAAAGGAAGAGGUGGAAACUCUAGGGUUGAGGAAGAGAAAUUUGGUACAUUCCCCCAAAAAAUCUUCACCAGUUGAGAAAGAGACGCCAACCAAACCAAAGGCUCAGCAGGAUCCCAUCAAAUGGUUUGGUGUCCUGGUUCCCCCAAGUCUACGACAGUGCCAGAACCAGUUUAAGUCAUCAUUGAAUACAAGUAUUGCAAUCGCUAAUCUGAAGCAAAAACUGCUGUGUAUAAAAUCAGAGUACUCGGAACUACAGAAAAGAAAGCUAGAGAUAUCCCCUAAAGCUGUACACUAAAUGCUCCUAGUAGAUGUUGCUCAUCUCUAGCAUAGGAAAUUUACAAGUGGACAAAUUAUGGUCACACAAUAAAAAAACAACCCCACAAAGUAAUUCUACAAAAGCUUCAUCUGGAAAAGUUGCUUUCCACACUUUACAAUAUCAUUAUGUCAUCCUAUUAAAUGAAGUUCAGCAGACAGAACAAAGGCGGGUAAAGUUAUAUAAUUGUACAUCAUGCUAAUGAAUUAUAUGAAAUACUUUACCAUAAAUUGUACUUUAAAUGCAAUUUGUGUGUACUAAUGUGUAAAUGAACUAAUCAUGUAUGUUAUAAAUCCUGAAGGGGCCCUGCUUUUGAAUAAAAAAUCUAUUUAUCAGAUCUAUGAAACUGCAUGAUUUAUGAUCAACAGUCCUAUUUCUAAAGAUAUGAAUUUGAUCAAUUAAAUUGCUACUUGUACAGAAAGUUUAUCAUUGGCUACUGUUAUAUACAGAAGUGACAAUUAUUAUAUAUAAAUUUCUGACCACUUCCUUGCCAAAUGUAUAAAAGAAUUAUUAAUAUUAUGUCACAUUUCUUCUGCUGCUUAAUUAAGCUGUUUUAUGAUGUAGUCUAUGAAUCUAUGAGAUGUAUUUAUAAUGAAGAAUAUUUCCGUGAUACAAUUUCUGAAUAAUGAUGUUCUUUAAGAGAUUACACCUGAUAAAAAUUUUAAUUUGUCUUGUUCCAUAAGGAAGAAAUGUCUGAAAAAAUAAAUUACAUACAUGCAAUCUU